AUGGAGCCGGGACCGAUCGCGGAGACGGAUGAUGGUCCUUCGCAGAGGCUCCUGGCCAUGCUGGUGAAGGAUGUGAUGAAGGCCAGUGCACUGGGAGAGUGGGAUGAGAUCCCAUCCAUGGCUUCCUUGGCCAUGAAUGAUAAGUGUUUUGUUCAAUGGCCGGCUGAUGCGAAAGGGCAGAAACGCAUCCCAACCGCGCUGGCUUGCAAAUUGAAUGAAGCAAUGCUUGCUCCGAUCGUGGGCCGCAACCUGCAGCAUUACGCCCUGCUGUAUGUGAAUGUCUUGGAAUCCAUGAUGUCUUCCUAUCGUGUGCAGAUCAAGAUGAGACACCUCAAUGUCGCGAAGAAGGAGGUGAAGAUCGAUGCAGCAUGCAUCAAUCCAGAUGCUCAUGGCAUCAAGGCACUGGUGUGUUGCCAUCGCCGACUUGCUGAUCGUUCUGAUAAUCAGCGAGAUGUGGAUGUGCAGAAGCUGACUGAGUCACAGCUGCAUUCGGACAUUUAUGCACUGGACUUGCAUCGUUUUCUCAUGCAUGCAGUUGUGGUGUGGGAUAAAUGGGUUUUUAAGGUGAGGCUUCGAGAAGUGGCACACAAGAUGGAGGCCAACGAGUUGCCCUACGUCAUCAAGAUUUGCAGCGGUAUGGAUCCGGAAUCGCUGGAGGUGCAGAACCGCACUCGGGCCAUUUGGAAGAAAAGGAAAUCUGCUGAGGCCUUUCCUGAGGAGCGCCAUGAGUUGCCAUUGGCGAAUGCAGAUGAAGGUGCAGUGGAUCUGCCUGCGAUUGCAGGUGCGGGAGCUCCGCCUGCUGAGCCUGAGCAGGAGAUGCCUCCGCUGAUGGAUUCGCUGCAUCGUGAAGUGGCAGAUGAGGCAGUGGAAUUUCCGCCUGUCCAAGAUGCCCAAGAGUAUGUGAUGCCGGACACCUUCACCCAGCCAGAUGAUGAGCUUGAGUUGGAUGGUGGAUGUUUGGAUUCCCCAGCGGCUUCGAGCAGUGACCCUGCCCCGGCGGCUUCGAGCAGUGACCCUGCCCCGGCUUCGCGCAGUGAGCAGCUGGAGACUGUCCAUGAAAGGUUUGAUCGCCUCUCACGGCUCUAUGGCUAUGGUGCAGCCUUGAUGCUGUGUGGGGCUGUGCAAGAGGGUGCUCACUACGAUCCCUAUGUGGGCCAGUGGAAGACAUUGGAUGGUUUGGUGUGCCCUUAUAUGCCUGCGACAGGAUCUUCCGCUGAGCAUGAAGAGAUGCCGGUGGUGCCCGAGAUGCGGGUGAUGCCAGAGCCGGUUGCAAGUGGUGGGCAUGGCCUGGAUGAUCCCAUCUUUGGGGACAUCAGCGUUUCGUCAGGUUUGCCUGAGACUCCGAAUGCCGCUGAAGCAGCUCACGAUGCAGCAGAGGAGUCGCAUGCAGGCCCAACAUCUGUGGAUGAGGUCAAGCAGUGCCUUCUCGCGAAGUUGCAUGCGCAACGAGAGAGGAUCAUGCUUGGAUCCAUGGUGGAUAAUGUGGACACCUGUCCGAUGCUUCCUGCUGAAGAGAGUUUGGAGAGACAGAGGUUGCUCAAUGGCUCCUCCCGCGAGGCCUUCCCCAGCCAGAUCACCAUCGAGGACACACCGGAGCAUGGCAAGCCGAUCCUUGCCUUCAGCAAGCAUCUUCAUAUAUGCAUGAUGAUGAAGCAUGAAACUUAA